AUGACACUUACACGGACGUUUAAUCUUUGCUCAAGACGAUUAUGUUGGUUUUUUAUUUUUUUUUAAAGUCUAUAUUAAGAUAUACACUCAGAGUUGAAUAAAACUGUCCCGAAGCUUCGAAAAGAGAAUCAAUUUUUAGUCAGCACAAAGCCAAAUGAUUACGAUUUGAUAGUGAUCGGUGGCGGGUCUGGCGGUCUAUCUUGCUCGAAAAUGGCGUAAGUCCGACUUUUGGAACGAAUUUUUCCAUAAAUUCGAAACUUUUAGUCGGUUGUGACUCUUUUCAGUGCAAGCCUAGGCGCAAAAGUCGCUCUAGUGGAUGCUGUGGAGCCGACUCCUUCAGGGGUCACUUGGGGCAUCGGAGGCACUUGUGCUAACGUUGGCUGCAUUCCGAAGAAGCUCAUGCAUCAUGCUGCCAUCGUUGGAAAGGAGGUUCAACUUUUUGAUAAUUCAAUGGUCUGUUUAAAUGUUAAAUGUCAAGUCGUCGGUCAAACUCCGCCCCUUAUGCGUAGACCAAACCAAUAAGAGAGCGAGCCAUCCAUAGAGCGUUGUUGGGGGCGGAGUUUGCUGUUUGACAUUCAAAAUCUCAACAUACUAUAGAUGAGGAAACAUUAAAAUAGCGCUCCAUAGCAAACUGGAAACUGUCUUUCGAAAAAUUUUCCGUUUUUCAUUAAGAAAUUGUAUAAAAAGCUGAAAGAACUGAAAGGGGCAUCUUUCUGCGAAUUUCAAGAUUUUUCUAGAUUUCACAUGCUGAGGCUUACGGUUGGCUCGGAGUGAAGAAACCUGACCAUCACUGGUGAGGUCGAAAUUUCACAAAUUGAGAGAAUUUUUACCAGGCACACUUUGGCAAAAGUUGUAAACGACCGAAUUCGAGCCAACAAUUGGAUUUACAGGGUACAGCUGAAUGAAAAGUUUGUUUUUCAGAGUUCAAAAAAUUUCGAUUUUUCAGAGGAAUCAAAUAUAUCAAUGCAUUCGCCAAGUUCGUGGAUAAGAACGAGGUUCAUACCACUGCGAUGGAUAAGAAGAAGACUGAGGUUUUGAAGUCAAAAAUCAUCCCUUUGGGUUAUUUUUCUUUUUUGCAGCGUCUUUUACGUGCUCCGAAAAUUGUCAUCGCAACUGGCCUCCGACCGCGUUAUCCAAACAUUGAAGGCGCCGAGUUAGGCAAGAAAAAAUCUAUUGUUUAAGAUUCAGAAACAAGAAAACAACUACUUUGGUUUUCCGUAUAUAAACAGUUCUAUUUUCAGGAGUCACAUCGGACGAUUUAUUCUCGUUGCCCUACGCCCCUGGGAAGACUUUGGUAGUCGGAGCGAGUUACGUGGCCUUAGAGUCCGCCGGACUUCUCGCCGACCUCGGCUAUGAAGUCCAUUUGAUGAUCCGUUCGAUUCCUCUCAAAGGCUUCGACAGAGUAGCUCGGCUUCAUGUAUUACUAAAAGCUGAAGUUCUAGGACUGCGUCAACAAAAUAGUUCAAAAUCUGAAGGCACAUGGUGUGAAUAUCCGGUGGAGCGAAGAAGUUAAAGAAGUUUCCAUUGAGAAUAAUCGCAAAAAGGUGAGAACAGAAGUCCUUAUCUCAGGACUACCAAUAUUGCAGGUGAAUUUCAAAAACGCAGAAACGGGUAAAGAUUCAUCGGAAGAUUUAUACGAUACGAUCAUUUGGGCUAUGGGUAUUUCAAAUUGAUUGGCUUCUAGAUUUAUUUUCGAUAAUCCAGGAAGAGACCCAAACGUGAAGACGUUAGGGUUGAAGGACGCUCAUGUGCAAACUUCGGCGAGGUCAGGCAGGAUACUUGCCGACGAGUUCGACCGUACCACCACCGAAGGCAUUUACGCCAUUGGCGACGUUGUCGAGGUACAGUAAGAUUCUGUAAUCAGGAAAUGCAAACUGAAAUCCAGGGACGGCCAGAGUUGACGCCGGCCGCGAUAAGAGCGGGACAGCUUCUCGCUCAGCGAAUGUUCGGCGGAUCCAAGGAGAUCACGGAAUAUGAGAAAAUAGCCACUACAGUCAUUAUUAUCUUCAUCUCGAUGUUUUACCCUGUACAUUUAGGUGUUCACUCCGCUCGAACUUUCCUGCGUCGGAAUGACAGAAGAGCAGGCCGUCGCUGCUCACGGAGCUGAGAACAUUGAGGUUUAUUAAGCUAAGUUCGAAGUUUCGAUCGUUCGAUUUUCCUCAGCCUCCAUUCAUUUUCUCACAUUAUUAAUAAAAACUUUAUUUCCAUUAUAAAUAGGAAGAAAAAUUGGAUUUGCUUUGUUUUUUUAUGUAACUUUCUCACCUUUAAUGGAUUUCAUUUUCAGGUUUAUCAUUCGUACUUUACUCCGUUCGAGUUUAUUGUCCCCCAGGACAAGGACAGUGAACAGUGCUACCUCAAGGUGAAUCUAUUGAAACAGGAUUCUCAAAAAUUAUCACACUAAAAAUUUUCACAGGUGAUUUGUAUGAGGAGCAGUCCACAAGAAGUCCUCGGACUGCACUUCGUGGGUCCUAAUGCGGCCGAGGUUAUGCAAGGCUUCGCGGUGGCUUUCCGAAAAGGACUCACCUACAAGGACAUUGUCGACACUGUGGCUAUCCAUCCGUGUUCUGCUGAAGAAUUCGUCCGAUUGGUUGUCACCAAAAGAUCAGGACUCGAUCCUAAAGUCGCAGGAUGCUGUGGAUAA